UUUGUCAUAAAAAAAGGUCGUUGACUCUUUACUGUGUGCGUGCUGCGUUCUCGUUGUUAAUGUUAAAUAAUUUGUAUUUAGUACCUAUUUGUUGCUGCAUGAUGCUGUUUGUUUGAUUGAUGCCAUGAACUGCGUUUAAUUAUUUGAAACUUAUUUUAAAUUCGAAAUGAGUGACGAAAAUGAUAGCCCAAAAUCCUAUCAUAAAUCGACUCCCCCGACGCACAAGAAAGUGCGCAACCCGUUUGAUAGCGCUUUGAUUGAAAGAUUGCACAAACCAAUAUGCAGCCCGGGCAUGUGCAAAAUAUACAAGAAGAAAAGUAAUGGAUCUUUCCGUUGGGAUAUAGAUCAAGCCUGUACGCUGGUUCCUGCGGACAUUGUCGCCUGCAAUAGCCAAUUUGAACCUUCCCCAGAUCCAGCUUUAGAGAAAAUCGCCGAAGAUGCGACCGAAAGAUUCUUCUCUCAAGAAAUGGUAAUGCCUAGUCCUAUGGAGUCUUCCAAGAAAAUAAAACCAUUACUUCAAAUAUCUGACUCAAGUAUACACAUAACAAGCUUUAAAGAUAGUAAUGUAGUAAUGAAAGAUGUUUCAGCUCAAACUGUACUGACAUUGCCACCAGAACUGCCACCUGAAAUAGAGAAAAUUCUACAGCCAUUCUGCACAUAUACACAGGAUCAAAAUAUCUCUGGUGACUAUGAAAUAACAGCAAAUGGUUCUUUAUGUCGGAAGCUGUUUUUUGAAGAGCAUAGUGAUGUGGAUCAUUAUGACUCGGAGCAGACUGAUGACGAGAUACCCGUAGAACAAAGACCACCGUCAAGCUAUGAGGCGCAUACACCUGUUAUAUUCAGUCCUGAUCUCAGCAGAGAUCUAGUGGCGAAAGGUAUGAAGCGUACAUUUGGCACGCCAUUAAAAAAGGGUAAAUUCGCAAACAUUAAGCCGGGUUAUAGGAAUAAAAUACUGGAUGUGGUAGACUUUGGCGAGGCGUGUUUGAGCCCUAUUGAGUUCCACACUCCGAAGAAGAGGAUAGAUCAACAGUCGGCCACGUCGUCUUCCCUCGCCUCUACAUCCAUCUCGCCGGUUACCAAGGCUGCGUCUAGUGAUGAGGAGAAAAAUAAUUUCACAUCGCCCGAAUCAGAAGCAAUGGCCACAUGUCUAGACUGCAUUGAAUCCAGUUCAGACAGUGAAAAAAAGGGUCCAUGUUUUUGUAAGACCCCUAACAACAAAUCAGUGAAGCGCAGCACGUCGCUCAAAGAGUCUCCGCCACGGAGUCGAAAAGGCUCGCAGUCAUUUUCUGAGAAACGCAGUCUGAGCAUGUCCAGUUUGCAUCGGAGUCGGUCAGUGCAGAAGCUUGACUUCAGUAUGGACAUUAGCAUUGAUGGGUCAUUCCAUGAUCGAUCGCAAGCUGAUUCUGAAUCGAGCCCACCACAAGACAGUCAGGCCAGUUGGUGCAUAGUGGAAGAGCCAAGCAUACAUCAAUUAGUUAAAUUAGAUUCCCUUAAGAAUCACUCAGAUGUUCAGUCGUCCACCAAAAUUCAUAGCAUCAAUUUGCUGGACGACACUCCUAUCAAAGGAAAGAACAAGAGUAACGUGCUAAGCCACGAAAUUAGCAAAAUACGUGCGCCGCUCAUACUGAGUCCGGCUAACAUGUCUUUAGAUAAUAGUUUAGAUAAUUCUGAUAAUGCACUGUGUCUGGAGGACAAGAAGAUAGACUUCAAUAAAGUUGAUCUCAAAUUUUUGACUGAAAAUCCAUCUCAAAUUGAUUGUACUAGAAACGCCAAAUUAGGAGGCGAUAACUCAGUUAGUUUUAAGAGAGUAGACAGCGGCUUUAACGAGAACACGUUCUAUGCGAACGCAUCCAGUUAUUACGAAAGUGCCAUAAAGCCAUCUGAAUUGACAGUAACUAAUAUGUCUAAAAUAAAUAAUAGCAAAAAUGCCUUGAAAGAGAUAUCCAACAUUCCAUGGGCCCGAAUUGACAGUGGUUUCAAAGACGAAAAUUCUUCAGAUAGCGUGCAGUUCUAUACUAAUAAUGAGUUUAUAAAAAAAGGAAAUUGCUUCAGAUUCUCAGAGGCAAAAAUUGAGGAUAAGGAAAAUGUUGCGACUGAAGAUUUUGGGUUCUUUGUGCCAAAUAAAAAUGACGCCAUGUCUAUGUCUGAUAUAUUUACCGAAGACAUGACCUUCAACUGUAACUUUUCUUCAACACCUUCAAAAAACAAGUCGCGGAGAGUCCAUUCUUAGCAGAAAUCAAUAUUUUUGAACUUGUUAUGAAAUUUUACAUAAUGAUUUUGAUAGCUUUUUUGACACUGCUCCAUUAUUGUGGAUGUUUUUAUCUAAUUAUGUGAUUUUGUUAAAGAAGGUAAUAUUUUUGCAUGAAUUAAUUAUUUGUGAUUGUUAUUAAUUAUGUGUUUACUUGAGUCAAGUAGUAUGUAAUAAAAUUUCGAGACUGAAAUUGUGUAAA